GUGGCGCAGGCCGGGCGGCGGGCGCGCGGCGGGCGCUGAGGGCCGGGAGCGGAGCCAUGGCGGGGCCGCACCUGCAGCAGCCCAGCUUCCUGCUGGCCACGCUGAAGGCGGAUUGUGUCAACAAACCCUUUGCGCAGAGGUGCCACGACCUGGAGACGGUCAUCGAGGAGCUGCCUGCCAAGGAACUGCAUGGCAUCUUCCCAUGGCUGGUGGAGAGCAUUUUUGGCAGCCUGGAUGGCAUCAUCGUGGGCUGGAAUCUUCGCUGCUUGCAAGGAAGAACAAAUCCUAAUGAGUAUUCUGUGGCUUUGGAUUUCCUGGAUCCUAGUGGCCCAAUGAUGAAGCUGGUUUACAAACUCCAAGCAGAAGAGUACAGAUAUGAUUUCCCAGUCUCAUAUCUUCCAGGCCCUGUGAAAGCUUCAAUACAAGAGCAAGUUCUACCAGAAUGUUCUUUAUAUCACAACAAAGUCCAGUUUCUCAUCGGUGGUUUAGGUUUGAAUUUGGCUCUUAAUCCAUUUGAAUAUUACAUGUUUUACUUUGCAAUUAGUUUGAUUACACAGAAGAACUCACCUGUCACCCAUCACGUCAGCCCUUCCAACAGUGCUUAUUUCAUCCUGGUGGACACUUAUCUCAAGUGUUUCCUGCCCACAGAAGGAAGUGUCCUCCCCCCACCUUCUUCAAAUCCUGGGGGAGCCAUCCCUUCCCCUACUCCCAGGUCCCCAGCAGUGCCUUUCUCCUCCUAUGGCAUGCACCACACCAGCCUGCUGAAGAGGCACAUUGCCCACCAGCCCUCUGUGAACGCUGACCCAGCCUCCCAGGAGAUCUGGAGAUCAGAAACACUGCUUCAGAUCUUUGUUGAAAUGUGGCUUCAUCAUUAUUCACUGGAAAUGUAUCAGAAAAUGCAGUCCCCUCAUGUCAAGCUGGAGGUUCUCCACUACCGACUCAGUAUCUCCAGUAAACACCACGGUAGUCCUGCCCAAUCCAGCUACCAGGCCCUCCACGCAUACCAAGAGUCAUUCAAGCCCACUGAAGAGCAUGUGCUGGUGGUAAGACUGCUUGUGAAACAUCUGCAUGCUUUCAGCAACAGCCUGAAACCAGAGCCUCUCUCCCCUUCAGCCCACUCCCACACAGCCAGCCCACUGGAGGAGUUUAAAAGGGUUGUGAUUCCUCGCUUUGUCCAGGAGAAGCUUUAUAUCUUUUUGCAACACUGUUUUGGCCACUGGCCUCUGGAUGCCUCUUUCAGAGCAGUCCUUGAGAUGUGGCUGAGUUACCUGCAGCCCUGGAGGUACGCGCCCGAAAAGCCGCCACAGAGCACGGAGCCUUUGCCCCGCAGCGUCUCGGACAAGUGGGCUGCCUUCAUUCAAGAAAACCUGCUCAUGUAUACCAAGCUGUUUGUGGGAUUUCUGAACAGAGCUCUUCGAACAGACUUGGUCAGUCCAAAAAAUGCCCUCAUGGUGUUCCGAGUAGCCAAGGUCUUUGCUCAGCCCAAUCUAGCUGAAAUGAUCCUGAAAGGAGAACAGUUAUUCCUGGAGCCAGAACUUGUUAUUCCCCACCGUCAACACCGACUUUUUAUGAGCCCCACUCUUGGUGGGAGUUUUUUGUCAUCACGGUCUCCAGCUGUUACAGAUGCCUCAUUUAAGGUGAAGAGCCAUGUUUACAGCCUGGAAGGACAGGACUUCCAGUAUAAACAGAUGUUUGGUGCAGAAGUCAGGAAUUUGGUGUUAAAACUGGCCCAGUUGAUUUGUCAGGCACAGCAGACAGCUAAGUCCAUAUCAGACCAUUCUGCAGAGACAAUGGCCAGCCAGUCCUUCUUCUCCUGGUUUAGAUUCACACCAUCUGAGGUUAAUGGUUCCUACACAGGCAAUGACCUUGAUGAAAUUGGACAGGACAGCAUCAAGAAAACAGAUGAAUAUUUAGAGAAGGCACUGGAAUAUUUGUGCCAGAUCUUUAAGCUGAGUGAAGCCCAGCUGACUCAGAUGAUGAUGAAGUGUGGGACAGCUCAAGAUGAGAAUGGAAAAAAACAGCUCCCAGACUGCAUUGCCAGUGAGAAUGGCCUCAUCCUUACCCCCCUGGGCAGGUACCAGAUCAUCAACGGCCUGCGCAGGUUUGAGCUGCAGUACCAGGGGGACACCGAGCUCCAGCCCAUCCGCAGCUACGAGAGCGCGGCGCUGGUGCGGCUCCUGUUCCGCCUGUCGUCGCUGCUCAACCACAGGUUUGCUGAUCAGAUGGAAGUGCUUUGCUCCAGGGAGGAUUUUGUUGGCAGACUCUGUCGCUACCAUCUGACCAACCCCCAGCUGGCACAGAAAAUCAGGUACAGCCCUGUGGUGAGGGACAGGACGAGCCACAACUGGGGACCCAGGAUCAGUCUGAGGUUUCUGGCCAGCUACAGGACUCUGAUUUCUUUGCUGAUGAUCUACUUCCUUGCAUCCUGGUUUCACAUUGGCCCAGUUGGCUGCACAUUCAUUAUUCUAACUGGGUAUUUUCUUUAUGCUGUAAUAAUGACUUUUUUCUUUGAAGGAUGGAAACCACAUGAACACUAGCUUCCUCUUCCUGGCUUGUAAAAAAUAAAUGUUUUAAGGAUGAGCCUGGGAUCCCAUGACUAAAACGUUUUAAUUAUAUCAGAUCUUCCUAAAGUAUUUUUUAAUACUGAAGUUAAUUGAGUUUUAUAAACAUCGAUGUGGCCUUGUGGAGAUAAUCAAUGUAAAUUUUAUUUUUUAUAAAAGUGUUCCUGUAGACUCUA